AUUUCGGCGCUAAUCCAAGGAUGAUGAAGGAGACACUCGGAUUUCAAGGCUGGCAACCAAGCGCCCGCCGCCACUCGCCCACGCCCCUGGUUCUGGGCCACCUCACGCACAUCUUCACCUGCACUGAUCCGGAAGCCAAUGAACUGCCUCCUGCCACUUCCUCCUCCAAAGUAAUGAGUGACCCUGAAAAGGUCAAAGAAGAUGAUGUGAUUAAUCAAAUUAUGGGAGACUUUGGUCCCUGGCAACUGCGCUCUCUGCUCAUCCUGUUUCUCUGCAAGAUCCCGGCCGCCUGGUUCAUGGCCUGCAUCUUGUUUACGGCCCCAGAUCUUUAUCCGGAGGAGGAGUACACCUGCGACACGAGCUCCUUUGGACCGGUGGACAAUUGUACCGUCUCCCUGGAUCAGUGCUAUGUUAUGGUGAACUAUGGUGACUCCGGCUACGCCAUGCGUCAGUGCCGCAGUUUCCUCUACACCACCGGCUUCCACUCCCUGACCAUGGAGUUCGAUUUGGUUUGCCUGUGUGACUUCUUUGUGGCCUGGUCCCAGUACUGGCACCUCUUCGGCCUGCUCAUUGGAGGCGUGGCAGCCACCAAAUUGAUGCGAGUGCUAAGUCCUCGUCAGAUUUAUUCGGCUGGGAUUUGGUGCCUGCUGAUGUGCAGCCUCCUGAUGGGUCUGGUCAAGGAUUUCAGCCUUCAUUGUGGGCUACGUUGCCUGGCGGCGGUUUCUUGCUGUAUUAUGAUCACCACCGGCCACGCCAUAUUUAGCGACAUAACAGGGGGCAAGCACCGACUGGGUGCCCAGCUUCUUUACGACUGCUUCUGGGCUCUGGGAUUGAUCCUGCUCCCAGGUAUUGCGUCUGGAGUUCCUAGCUGGCAGCACAUAUAUCUGGGAGUGACUCUUUUCCUGCUGGUGAUUGUCUUCCUGCUGCCUUGGACUCCAGACUCACCUCGCUGGCAUUUGCAGCACGCGAAGGACACCCAGCUGGCCGUUGAGAAAACAGUGGCAAUACUGCUGGAGGCAUCUCGCAUGAAUGGAAGCAUAUAUAAGGUCUCCAAAGAGUUGCCUCACCAACUGGGGCAGCUUAGGGAGAGGAUGCAGGAACAACCACCACCGGCUCACUGGAUGGAAUUGUGGACGGGAGACAGAAGGAGCAGUUUCCGUUUGGUUUCUGCUCACAUGGCUUUGGCCACCUUCAUGGUGGUGAAUACGGGGCUGCUGCUCCACGUGCGAUCCUUUGGCAGGGAGCACCUGGUGUCCAAUACUCUGGCCAUGGGCUUGGCCGAGAUGCUGGGCUGCCUACUAGCCCUCCAUCUCACCUCUAACCGCUCCGAUCUAAAGUGGCAGUGGGCGGGAGCAUUCGCCAUUGUGGUGGGUAGCAUUGGCAGCAUCUGCUGGUUCCUGGCCGAAGCGGAUAUGCCCGAGGUGUAUGGUCUCACGCUGGGAUUGCUUAUGGCUUCCCUGCCCCAGGCAGCCGUCUCCUGUGCCCAGUCCAUGAUCCUGGCCUGUCUGGGUGAACUGGUACCCGCCGAGCAGAGGAGCAGCCUCUCCUUCUCGGUCGUCACUUGGGCAAGGGUGUGGCAGCUGUCCGCCUCCUUUCUCACCCUGCUCCGGCAGGUAAGCCCCGCCCUCUCGCUGUCCGCCUUUUGCCUGCUGGUCAUCCUGGGUGGCAUUUGCACCUGCUGUCUGACCACUCCGCCUGAGAAGCACCUACCUGAAGUAGGAGCAUUGCCUAAGAAGCAACAACUUAUUACGUAUACGUAAUAUUUCUAAUGAGUUACUAAGGUUAAGUACUCUAAGUUUAAGUGCAUCUCUAGUAUUCGCAAUCAGUAUUCGAAUUUAGCUUGUUAAAAAAUUAA